AUGAGUUACGCGUCGCCCCCGCCGUCGCCGCCGAAGAAGACCCUCCAAACGAUGAACAGCCAGGACAGCGACUACCAGAUCCAGCAGCCGAAGCCGCAGUCGCGCAUCGUCCUCGCCGGGUCGCUGGAGGCGCGAAGCCGGGACGGGAAGAAGUGGAAGAUGCGGCGCGUCGAAUUACUGGGCAGCGGCGAGUUACUACUAAGAGGGAAACGAAAUGCGACGCGCUACCUGCUAGAUGGGAGGUGUACUGUAUCUACAGUAGAAGCCAAGGUCUCGGACAAAGGGAUACAUAGCUUCAGCGUGAGCUGGCCGGCCGGCGCCUACACGCCGACGCCCAUCCCGAACCGCCUCCAGACAAAAAACAAAAAGAUGGGCGAGUCGAGCGACUCCGAGGACGAGGGAAUCAAAAUGAGGGAAAUCGACGCCGAGCUCAGGCAGAAGAAGAAGCUCACGAAAAAACAUAGAGCGGGCAAGGGCAUGCUCGCGACGGCGGCGACGGCGACGACCGUCGUUGCGGGCGGUGUCGUGAUCGGCGUCGCGACGAUGGGGAUCGGCUUGGUGCCCUACGCCGUGGGCAUCGCCGGUCUUGCUGGUGGUGGUGCUGCUUAUUUAAAGUCGUCGGAGAAGGAGCUCCACUUGGAGCUUGGAAGUCGCGACAAGAAACUAGCUGAUAGAUGGCGUUCUUUAAUAGAUGACAUGGUCGCUAGAAGAGCCGCCGCUCUAGAUCUGGCCGCGGGCGUCGACGCUCAGUCAACGAUGGAGUCGUCACGUUUGGUAGCGCGGCCGGACCGCGCCAUCGUGCUCAGAAGGUCGCGCGCGGGCACCAUGGCGACGUCGUCGUGCCGACGCGUCGUACGAGCGCCGCCUCUCCGAUUGUUCGUGGCGUUAUUGGGCGGCGAGCGGGGCUGCUGGGCGGCGCACCACGGCUGCAUUCGGGAGGUGAGCCAAUUAGCUGCGAUAAAUGACCGCUCGGACGUCGCCGUGCUCCAGAUCGCGGGGCUGGCGCCGCCACAAUUGCCGCUCGCGGAGUGGUUUUCGGUCUUGACGACGUCGCGGAGCGUCGGCGAUUUUAUCUACGCGCUGUGGGGUUUAUGUGCCGCGCUCGCGAAUCUGUUGGUGGCCGCCGCACGGCUCUACGCGCCGAUUUUAGUAAGACCCUGCGUCUUCCUCGCUUCACUCACCGCGACGCGGCCGCGGGCGUGCGUCGUCGCGCGGACGUGGCGCGUCGACGACGACGGCGCGUUUUUGGUUCGGCUCGAGCCCGCGGCGGCGCCGCCGGGCGCUCAUGUCAAGGGCAUCCGGACCCAGCUCUGCGCUGUUUUAGCUGUGGCGCCGCACGCCGACGACCAGCUCAAGUCGGAGGGAGAUGAAGAGUAUGAGCCGGAGCGCGCGCUCGUGUCGGCGCGCGUCGCGCUGGUCGACGGCGGCGGCUGGCUCGCGCCGGGGCGGGGCUGGGUUCCCUCUUCGUUGAGAGCGGCGGCGCAGCGCCUCGUGGCCGACGCCGUCGCGUUGUCAGUGGGCGACCUCGCGGACGCGUGGGAGCACGACGUCGCUUCUAUAAAUGAACCGGAGGACGAGGACGCGUCUUUUGAAAGAGAGGCGCUGCGGGCGCGCGCGACGCCGCCUUCUGUGUCUCAGCGCAAAGUGUCCAUCGGCGGCGAGCGCGCGCGGCUCGAGAAGAUUGUGGUCGAGAAGCAGGGCGCCGAGCGGUCCUUGUCCUGUGUUUUUCUUCACCUUUGCCCGUUGGUCUCCCCUUACGCCGUCGAGGCGACGCCCUGACGUCUCUCCCGUCGCAGGCGCGCGGCCGUGCUGCAGCUCCAGCGUUUACUUAGAACCGCCGACGGCCUCACGACGGCGGCGUCCCUCGGGUCCUUCGACGACACGGAGGACGACGACCUCGCGCUCGCCGAGCCCCAACCGCACGAGCGGCGGGCCCUCGCGGCCCUCGCGGCGGGCCUCUGGGCGCGCCACCCCGCGGCGCGGCGGCGCGCCGACGCGCGCAGCGCGACGCGCGCCUCGACGUCGGGCGCCGACGACCGGCGCGCGUGGCGGCUCGUGCCCGUCGCGCAGGCGCCCCGCGGCGUCGGCGGCGACGACGACUUCGUGGCGACGGUGCUCGGCGUCGCCGGCGUGUCGGCGGUGGCGUACUGGCUGGCUGGCUGA